CCCGCUAUGAACGGCAAACGCCAAGGGAGGCCCUCCAGGUCACACUCGACGAUGUCGCUGUCUGUGCGGCCGCAGCGCCGAGUCCUCGUCACCAAGAUCAAUAGGAGCCAGUCAUUCGCAGGAGUCAAUUCAUCAGUGGAGAGACCCUUCAGGAACCUCUCGUCCUUCACCCCCACCGUCUCCCGCAAGGCUGGCUCCAGGGUCAGUAGGAUGUUCUCAAUGUCCCACAAAUCCCCGCCACCCAAGGUGCCUCAGCCCAACCGCCUGGAUGAGGUGUAUGAAGCGCUAAAGAAGGGUCUGACAGCCUACCUGGAGGUACACCAGCUGGAACUGGAGAAGCUCAGCACCCAGAUCCGUGAGUCCAAGAGGAAUUCGCGCCUGGGCUUUCUCUACGACCUGGAUAAGCAAGUCAAGUCAAUAGAGCGCUUCCUGCGUCGCCUGGAAUUUCAUGCUAGCAAGAUAGAUGAGCUCUAUGAGGCUUACUGCAUCCAGCGGCGACUCCGUGAUGGGGCCCACAACAUGGUCAAGGCUUACAGCACAGGGUCCCCGGGCAGCCGAGAGGCACGUGAGAGCCUGGCUGAGGCCAGCAAGGGCUACAAAGAGUACACAGAGAACAUGUGCCUGUUGGAGAGCGAGCUGGAGAGUCAGCUGGGCGAGUUCCAUGUCCGCAUGAAAGGACUGGCAGGUUUUGCCCGCCUGUGUGCUGGUGACCAGUAUGAGAUCUUCAUGAAGUAUGGACGGCAACGGUGGAAGCUGCGGGGGCGCAUUGAGGUGAACAGCAAGCAGGUGUGGGACAGCGAGGAGAUGGUUUUCUUGCCCCUCAUCACCGAGUUCCUCUCCAUCAAGGUGACGGAGCUUAAGAGCUUGGCCAACCAUGUCGUGGUGGGCAAUGUGUCAUGUGAGACUAAGGACCUCUUUGCAGCUCUACCUCAAGUAGUGGCUGUGGAUAUCAAUGACUUGGGUACCAUCAAACUCAGCCUGGAGGUGACCUGGAACCCCUUCGACAAGGACGACCAGCCCUCAGCAGCCAGCACUGUCAACAAGGCCUCCACAGUGAACAAGCGGUUCUCCACGUACAACCAGAGCCCACCUGACACACCAUCCCUGCGGGAACAGGCUUUCUACAACAUGUUGCGGCGCCAGGAGGAACUGGAGAAUGGCACCGCCUGGUCCAUCUCCUCGGAGUCAUCGGAUGAUUCCUCAAGCCCCCAGCUGUCAGGCAGUACCCGGCACACGGUGCACAAGCCUAUUGUGCAGCCAGAAGUACAGGCCUCGGCCCCAGCCAUCGAGAUCUCCUUCUCCCAGCAGCAGGAGGCAGGCGCUGGAGCCAGCAUCCCUGCUGGACCAGGGCUGCCCGAGCGGCCAGAGGAGCAAGGCAGCUCCAAGAAGGAUGUGAUGGCCAACGGGCAUGUGCCCUACUCCCGGACACUGAGCCACAUCAGUGAAGCCAGCCUGGAUGCCACGAUGGAGACUAAGGCUGUGGAGGGCAUGUGGGAGCCCUCUCCAAGCCCAGAGGACUCUGGCCCAGGCGAGCCAGACACAGACUCCCUCCCUGGUGCCUCAAACGUGGUGCCAGCAGCCUGGGCAGGGCAGGACAGAGGCCUCGAGGCCAAGCCCCGUGGCAUGGUGUCAUGGGCUGAGUCUUGUGAGGUGGAGGCCACGCGGGCAGAGCCGGUGGCUAGCCAAGCACCAAUGCAGGGUGGCUGUGACACCAAAGCCCCCACACAGGCCACGGGCCCAGCACACAUUUCCACGGAGGAGAGGCCCAUCCACACCCAGCUCCUUCCUGCCGCUCCCCCUGAGGUGCCACGAGUGAAGGCCGUGGACUCAGGCUUGGAGGAGGCCAUCAGCCUCCUGGGCUCAGCCCUGGAAGACUAUCGGGGACAGUUCCCAGAGCUGCAGCCCCUCGAACGGGAGCUCAAACACCUGGAGGAGAUCCUGCUGCACAAGCAGGGGGUGUUCCUCAGCCGGGCCUCCAGCAUGAGCCUCACGGUGGAGCACGCGCUGGAGAGCUUCAGCUUCCUCAACACCUCUGACAUGGAUGACUCGGAGGGCUCUGAGGAGGAGGCUAUGCGGGAUGAGAGGAGGGCUGGCAAAGCCCGCCGUGGGAGCGGGGCCCCCAGCGCCUCUGAGAUGGGGGCGGACGACGCUGGCCUGUGCAGCUGCUCCGAAGGCAGCACAGACCCCAUGAGCACGGGCAACGAGUUCCUGGAUAAGUCCCUGGUGCUUCAUCUCAACACCUGCAACUGCCUGCUGCUGAAGCUGGGCACCUUCGGGCCGCUGCGGUGCCGGGAGAUGUACGCGCUGGACAGGCUGCUGCGCGAGGCGCAGGUGCUGGAGAUCGUGUGCCAGCUGACGGAGGAGCGAUCGGGAGCAGCCGGCUCUGCUGCCGAAGUGGUGCAGUUCUCAACACAGAAGGACGGGGUGCUGCCCUUCUGGGACCUCUGCGUGGAGCUUCCCAACGUCUACACCUGCCCCGUGGAGCGGUUCCUGCAGGUGCUGAGCACCCAGUACGCAGCGCUCAUCAACGAGCGGCACCCCGGCCUGGCUGACGCAGUGUGCGUGAAGGUGGUGGAGGAUGUGCUGAAUCGGCGGCUGCCCCGGCGACCUGGCAGCGCCCAGAGCGAGCAGGUCACCAUCUUCCAGUACUGGAGCCACUUUGAGUCGCUCAAUGCCCUGGUGCUGGACGCCUACAUGAUGGAGCUGGCGGAGGAAGUGCUGCUGGCGCAAAACCUGAACUCAGAUGACCAGGACGUGGUGCUGCGGGCCCUGAAGCGCGUGCCCGAGGGCCGUCUCAAGAAAGAGGGGCUGAAGGCACUGAGCCUGCUCCUCGUGGAGGGUAACAGCAAGGUGGUGAGCGCCGUGUCAGCCCAGCUCCGCAGCCUGGCGGAAAACCCCCGCUUCCGCCAACGGGCCCUCGUGUGCUACCUGGACCAGCUGGAGGACGAGGAGGUGCAGACGCGCGUGGCUGGAUGCGCAGCGCUGGGCUGCCUCAAGGCCAAGGAGAGCAUCGAGCAGCUGGUUUACCUGUGCCAAACAGACAAGGAGCCUGUGCGGGAGGCAGCCAAGCAGAGCCUGAUGCUGUGUGGGGAGGACGGAAAAUCAGCUCACCGGCUCCUGGAGGAGACCCUGGACAGCCUCCCGAGGAUCUUCGCACCCGCCAGCAUGGCCAGCACAGCUUUCUGAGACACCACGCGCCCCUGCCUGCCGUCCCUCAGGGCAACGGCACCGCUGGGCAGCCCGGGCUUGCACGGACUGCGCCAAGGCAGCACCCAGAGGCGCCCACCCUCAGCAGCGCACUGCAGUAUUACCCCUACCAGCAGCUUGCCGCCGCCCCCCGCCCUACAGAGCACCGUGU